AUAUGUAAACAAAGUACAAGGGGACGAGUCAAUGAACGUCACAGCACCAGAUAAAACUCGAGGUUGACACAGUUUAGUUCACGCUACAAUUAGUGCAGUAAACAAAGACACAGAUUUAGCUUUUUUGUGUGAGUGCUGAAACAUGAUGGGGUUUAUUCUCAUUGCUUUGGCUGUGCUCAGUCUUCUGUCUGGUGGACAGUCAGCUCCUGUGACCAACUGUGAUAACCUAACCCAGAUUAUUGCGAUCCAAGGAAGAGAGCAGCUGCUGGGCAAGUGGACACAAUUAGCAGAAAGCACAGACAUUACAGGAUCCCAGGUCCUGACAAAGGCGUUCUCGGAGACCUCCUGGGUGAAAAUCACUGCUGCUAACGAGAGUAACACCAUCAAUGUUUUUCAAGUUCAAAAAACGUUUGGACGCUGCUUCAGUUUAAGAAGUACAAUGACUUUGGAAAACAACACUCUCUCUAUGGUGCGCCCUAUGACUCUUUCUGAGGUCCUGCUGAACACUGGCUGCCCCGACUGUCUUGUUAUCUCCUCAAAAUACACCCUUGGACAAAGCACAUACCGUGGUCUCCAGUUUUUGAGCAGGAGAAAUAAGGUGACAGCUGCUGAGAUGGAAGAGUUUAAAAAGCAGGCUGAAUGUCUGAACUUACCAACACCUGUUUUCCUGGACUCAGAUAAAGGUCUCUGCCCAGAUGAGUCUACCUCCCAACAAACAAAGACCAUUGAUCUCACCAGCGUCACGACUGACGAGAAUUUCUCCAAGGUGAUUGAAAAAAUUCUCGGCAGUGAAGAUGUAAUGAAGGAAAUGGUCGAUGUUUUCUUCAGCAGUAUGACUGGAUUAACAGAAAAUUAACAUGGUCAAAAAAUAUCAUGACAUGCUUACACAAUGAAGAGGCUAUCUAUGGAUAACUGUCAAUAAAAAUGAUGACACUAAAUGAA